AUGAGAUUUUCUCAUCGUCUUGCCGCCGUGAAAGCACUGACGAAGAAGAAGAAGAAGAUAAGGUCGACGGCUGAUGAAUUAGAAAGAACCAGAAAGAUUAAAAGAGUCACGAAUUCGAAACCCUGCGGCUUUGAAAACCUCACUGAGGAUCUGUUGAUGGAUAUCCUGGCGAGAUUACCGGCGAAGCAGGCAGACCCGAGCCAGUCUGCGUUUCUCUCAUCCUCUCCGCGUGGCUUGCUCUGUGUAAGACUUGAGAGAAGGGUGCGAAUCUUGAACCUCACCACCAAGCAGCUGCUUAGCACAGUUUGGGAGGUGAACAAGGGAGAUGGAAUGCUGAGAUCCGAGCAUCAGGUUUUGGUACUUGGUCCUGGAGCUUAUUGGAGAAACACUUAUAGCACCGUUCCUCCUCCUCCUCAUCUUCCUUUCUCACAAGGUAUCCCCAUCAACGGUGUGUUGUAUUAUGGAGCUUGGACUCAUGCAAAUAGAUGUGUGCUCAUGAGUUUUGACUUGGCUUUUGAAGAGUUCAAUUUGAUUGAGUUACCUGUAGAGGCGAGGAUCAUCUGGCACGCAUAUCGUGCAACCCUCGUCAACUACAAAAGCAAAUUUGCUGUUUUAGAAUACUCUAAACUUUUGAGUGUAUACCCGUGGGUUAUGGAGGAUGUGAAGAAGAAUAAGUGGUCAAAAAUUACUUUGGUCUUGCCCUUAUCCCAAAUGAAUUUUGCCCAUGAUGAUCAGGUGGUGAUGCAAGGCACAAGUCGUUGCGGUGAGCUCAGGCUGGGAAAGGCAAAUCUCAUGGCGGGUGAACCGUCACGUUAUGUCAUUUAUGAUAUGGAGACGAACAAAAUAACAAGAAUCCUUGAAGUAAUUCCAUCAUCAUUACGUAUUAUGUUUUUGGGAGUAAAGAAGGGAUCCCAAACGACUUAUUGGGAGGAUGAUAUCGAGAGCAUUAUGUAUUUGGAGACCUAA